AUGGCUCAUCUGCUGGCGGCGCAGGUGGACCGUCGGGGCGCCGGCGCCCGCCUGGCUCUGCUCUGGCUCCACAGGCGACGGCAGCGCACGCAGCUGGCGGCUUGGAGGCAGUGGGCCAGGGCGAUGGCGGAAGACCGGGACGCCGAGGAGAGGGAAGCGUGGCGCGCGCGGGCGGCGGCGCAGCUCGGGCGGGAGCUGGCCCGGGCGGUGGAAGGGAGGCGCCGGCGCCUCCUCCGGAGGUCGCUGCACGCCUGGUACCGCCACGCCGAACGGCGGCUAGCCCACGCUGUCACGGUCGACCGCGAGGCGACCGCGAGGGAGGCCGGGGCUCGCCGGCUGUUCGCGGCGCUGGAGCGCAACCUUCUCCGGCGGCAGACCAGGGUGUGGGGCCGCCUCGUGGGCUCCGCGGUGGCCGCUUCCGGGCGGCGGCGGCGAGAGCGAGAGGCGCAAGAACGGAGGGAUCGCCUCCUGGCGGUGGCGGAGUCGAGGUCGUCCCGACGGCUACUCUCGCGCUCGUGGUCGGCGUGGAAGGGGCUCUCGGCCGAGCAGAGACACCGGGGGGAGGUGGCUACGGUUCGGGCGGCGUGCGGAGCGGCGAUCGUGGCCGCGGUCACGCGGCGCAAGGAGGAAGACGCCCGGAGGCGGGCUCUCUCGCUGUGGCGCGGGAAGUCGCACCGGGGACGACAGCGGGAGGGCGCCCUCUCGAGGGCGGUUUCCUGCGUGCUGCGGGCCGAGGCGCGUGUCCAUCGGGACCGCCUGGUGCGCUACCUGGCGCGGUGGCGACUGGCGGCCGUGACGGGCGGAAGAGCCCUGGCAGAGGAGGAUAAGGCGGCGGCGGAAGCAGCCUUCCGCGGGCAGACCGUGCUGUCUAUCCUGAGGCGCAAGCGCGUGCACCGCUUGCGCGAGGGUUUCCGCAGGCUCGCCGACAACCGGACCCUUGCCGUGCUCGGGAGCAGGGAGGAGCAGGCUCGCCGAGACGACGUCUCGCGAGGGCUGCGCGGCCUGAAGCGGGCGGCGGCGAGGACGACGCGGAGGCGAGUCGCGGGCGCGUUCGCGCGGUGGCAGUGCCACACGGCCGAGGUCGGGCGGCGGAGCGACCGCGCCCUCCUGGUCUCGGCGCAGAGGCGGACGGGGGCGAAGAUGCUCGGCUCCGUCGUCGCCCGCCGCGAGGCCUCCGCCCGGUCCCGCGCCUGGGCGCUAUGGCGGUCCGGGGCCGCCUCCGCCGCGACACACGACGGCGAGCGCGCCUCGGCGGACCUGCGCGUGUCCGGCGCGCGGCACUCGGCCGGAGCCCGGCUCCUGGCGACGGCCAUGGGCGGCGCCCGCCGCCGGGUGCUGUGGAAGGCCUGGCGGACGUGGUGCGGGGAGGCGAAGGCGGCCGCGGACGCGGAGCUGCAGACCAUGGAGAGGCACUUCCACCUGGCUCGGACGCUGACGCGGGUGGUGAGGCGCGUUCAGCUGGCGUGGGUCCGCGGGGCGUGGCAGGCCUGGCGCAGGAACGCGCGGUCCGUGGCGUGCGUCCCGCGGGUCGCGGAGCGCAGCCGGCGAGCCCUCCUGGCGCAGGGGAUGAACCGGUGGCGCAUCGCGAACGCCGAGCGGGGCCAGGCCGAGGCGGAGCGGGAGAGGGCGGCCGCCGAGGAAGCCGUGCGGGCCCGCGCACUGUGGGGUCUGCUGAAGCGCCGCGCCAGCCGCCAGCUCGCCGAGGGGUUGAACCGAAUCUUGAGGCACGGCGCGUGGGUCAUCUACCUGUCGAAGGAGGAGGAAGCCCGAGCCGACCGGCUCUCUCGGGGUUUCCAGUGCCUCGCCCGUGCAUGCGCCUGGCGGGGGGAGAGGAGGAAAUCGGCCGCCUUGUCUCGGUGGAGACACGCCGCCUCCGAGAGCCGGCGGUUUGUGGAAAGAGGCCUGCUCCAGGCCAGGAGCAAGAGGGCGGCCGCCAAGACCCUGGCUUCCCUCGUGUCCCACAGGAAGAGGUCUCAUCUUGCGCGGGCGUGGGCCAUCUGGCGCUCUGGAGUGGCGUCGGCGGCGAUCCACGAGGGCGAGCGCGCCUCCGCCGACCGGAGGGUGUUGGGGGCUCGGCAAUCCGCCGGGUGCCGCUUGCUCGUGGGGGUCCUGGGGUCGGCGCGGCGCCGAGCUCUGGCCAAGGCCUGGUCCGUCUGGCGCAAGGAGGUGAGGGCGGCGGCGGACGCGGAGCUGCAGAGCAUGGAGAAGCACUUCCAUCUCGCGCGUACCCUGACGCGGGUGGAACGGCGCACCCAGCUGGCGAAGAUGGGGAGAGCGUGGAGGGCCUGGGGCGAGGUGGUGCGAGCCGAGGGGGAGGCCGAGCUGCAGCGGUUCGAGAGGCACUUCCACGUGGCCCAGACAGUGGCGAGAGUAGUCGCGAGGGCCCACCAGCGGCGACUCUCGAGGGCAUGGAGCCUCUGGGCUAGGCUGGCCGCGCGGGGACGCCCUGCCCGUCGCGGGGUGUCGGCGUCACUGUCCUCGCUUCCUCUGCUUGGCGCCGCCACGGCUCGGGGUUCACACGGUGGCGCCUCGCGUCUCGCGCGGGUGGGUGUUGCUACGUCCCCGGGUGUUGGCGGCAUCGUCGCGGCUCCUCCCUCCGCGGCGGUUGACUCCGCCACCACCGAGCAGCUGGGGCUGCAGCAGCAGCAGCAGCAGCAACAACAGGCCAGGCGGUCCGUCGCCGUCAUGUACGAGGCCGGAGCCGGGGCCGUGAGAGGUCUGCUGCGGCGGGCGGAGGCGCGGCGAUUGUCCCGCUCGUGGCUGGCGUGGAGGAAAGCCACCACAGCCGUCGCCACCCGGCAGGCGCGCGCGAUACUUGGGGCCACGCGAAUCGAGGAGCUCUUCGUCAAGGCGCAAGAGAACCACACCGCGCGAGUCCUACGCCGCUGCUGGGUGAAGUGGGCGGGGUGGUCGACGGAGGAGGGCGGGCGCCUGGAACGGGAGGCCGAAGCGGCAUCCUGGGAGAAAGCGGAGGCGGAGGCGGACGCAGCAGCGGCGACCGCAGCGGCGGCAGCUGCGGCCGCAGUGCAGGCCGCUGGGAUCACCGAAGGAGGCCCAGCUAGCUGCGCCGGUGGCCGCGCCAACAACAUCUGGUCGACCGGCACGGCGCAACAUGAGUCGACGCCCCCGGCCGGGACGCCGACGACGGAGAGCGUGAAGACACCUCACGGCGACAGCCGAACGGGUCAAAAGUCGGGCCGGGUCGCGGCGUCGGCUUCGCCCCCGGGCUCCGCGGUGAGCGCUCUGUGGCGCAGGUUGCGCGGAGAGACGUCGCUGGAGGUACCACCGGUAGCGACGGCUGAGACGAGUAGGUCGCCCAGUGACGUGAUUCCCCCCCCCGGUCGCUUGGCGUCAGCAACGUCGCCGCCGUUGCCCAGGGCGUUGGCGGGCGGGUUGGAGACCCCGGCAACCCUUGUCCCACCUCCAAGGUUUGGCGGCGCUAGGGGCGACUCGACCCCUCCGGGAAGCGGGCAGGCGUGGUCGGAUCAGUUGAACUACUCCUCUUCCCCUUUCUCGCCUUAUCAGCCUCCCGCUGCAGCCGGCGUCGCGAUGCUCUCCACCUCCUUCUCCUUGAACGGCCGUGCGCACCCUGAGGAGGCAGCAGCGCCAUUCCCUGCGGACAGACCCGGCGAAGACCUGAGAAAAAACGAUAGCUUGGACCUUACCGCGAGCGAGGAGAGCUUCGGCGCACCUCAAUCGCGCUCUGCCGGUAUGAGGGCGCUACCGACGACGGGGGAGGACGCAACAACGGUGGGCGUUGCCCUUGCCAGCCCGGAGGGAAGCCUGGCCGCCUACAUGUCGGACAGCAGUCCGCUUUUCGGAGAGAGUGUCCUGAUGUUCCGGGGCGUGGGCGGCGGCGGUGGCGUUGGUGGGGGGAGCGAGGAGGUAGUCAGCGGCGGCGGCGGCGGAGGGCGCGUGCUCGCGUUGUUCUCCGGGGAAGACUCGAAGGACGAAAGACCUACAGCGGAAACGCCGCCUCCAGCUAGCCCCGCCCGCCACGGCGACGAAACAAACGGCACAAACGGGGGCUUCGCAGGCGUCGGAAGCGGCAGCGAGGUGACGAGAACGACCCCCGCGAGAUCGCCUUUGUUGGCCGGCAGUGGCAGCGGCGGCGGCGGCGGCGGCGGCGGCGGAGGGAGAAGCGGCAGACGCGGGCGCGCUCGCUUUCCACAGUCGCCCCCUUACGUUGGGGGUUCCGUGGGGUUGUUGAGCUUGAGUCAGGGGUCGCCACCCUGGGACGCGGAGGAAGAGGAGGGCCGGAUUGGAGGCGGGGCCGAGCGCCGACACGAGUUUUCUCCGUCGUCGUACGGCCACGAGCAUGACGGAGGAAACGAAACACGGCUGGAGGAUGCCUUGGACGAUUAUGCCGUAAGCGAUGGUGUCGAGAUGUUUCAGCCCCGCGACCGGUCCGAGCAGCAGCAUCAGGAAGAGCCGGGGAGCGAAGUUCCGGUCGCUCCGGGCUUUCGUGUGGUUGAUGGCCAUAUGACUCGCGCCGCAGAAGACUUCGUGGACAUCAUGGCGUCGAUCUUUUGGAGGUGGGCGUUCCAGCGCUGGGCGCGUGUCGCCCGCGAUGCCGCGUUCACCCAGAAGGCGAACGAGACGAGGCUUAAGGUGUUGCGCCUCAAGCGCCACCAGACUCUACGAAAAGUCGUCGUGGCCGCCAUCCGCCGCCAGAACUUGACCCCGCAAGUUACCAACGCCCCGAGCGCCAUGCGCAAGUGGAAGCAGCUCGUGCGCAGGUGCAGGGAGAACGAUCGACUGAGCCAGGAGCUCGCGGGCCUGGCGGAGAUGUCGCCGUUGACACCGGCGGUGGCGCGCCCGCGCGCAUCCGCCGGGUGGAGAAUGUCCGACACGAUGUCGGGGGGGCGCAUCAGCGGUGGCUGGGAUGGGGGAGGGGUCCGGGGUUACGGGGAGGGGAGGGGUGAGGUCACGCCAUCGUUUUCUCGGUCACCUUUUCCGGCCUCCGCGGUGGAGAGGUCGUCCGCGAGGAGGAGGCUGUGGGAUGAAACGUCCCCGAAAGUAUCGCCGGUUGAGGAGGUUGCAGACUCUUCUUGAUGUGCUUGUUGGGCUGAUGAAAAAACCUUGCGGCGAUUGUGCCUUCUUUUUAUCUUGUGGGCCACCCACCUUUUCGUCAGAGCAGUUUGACGCCUCGUCGCACGCUGUACGCUGGGCUUGCAUGCACAGUUUUUUUUUCUCCCUUCUCCUUAGUUUGGUGAGACACAAGCGUUAGGCUUUUCUUUGCGCUUCCCUUGGGUACGUAAACCUGCGUCGGGGUGAUUUGCACAUGGGCCAAGUGCCCCCCCUGACGCAUCGCCAUGUACAGUAGUAGCACAUGUUUACAAGGAAGGAUAACUGUUUACGAAUACAAUUUGUGUCGAUGCUUUACCCUGUUGACGUUUGGCCGUUGAACAAGGCACUGCACAGCAUGACU